AUGGGGUGGAUGUGGAUAACCGUCUGCAGAGGCCGAUGGCAAGCUGUGUUUGUCAUUCUUUGUCUUUUCAAGCUGAGCUCAGUGUCCGGACAGGCUCGGUAUACCAUACAGGAGGAGCAGGCAGAAGGGUCUUUCGUUGGAAAUAUUGCUAGAGAUUUAGGCUUGGAUGUGGCGAGACUCAUAUCAGGUAAAGCUCGUAUUAUUACAAAAGGAAGUCGACAGUAUGUGGAUUUAAACAGAGACAAAGGAAAUCUUGUUAUUAAAGAGCGAAUCGACCGAGAAGAGCUUUGUGGACAGACGACGCCCUGUAGCUUCAGUUUCGAGGUCAUUUUAGAAAAUCCGAUCCAGCUUUAUCGGGUAACUGUGGAGGUAAUAGACAUUAAUGAUAACAGUCCGUCGUUCCAAAAGGAUGAAAUCAAUUUGAAAAUUGCUGAAAAUGCUGCACUAGGGACUCGUUUCUCUUUGGUGAGUGCAGACGAUCCUGAUGUUGGCAUUAACGAUAUUCAGAAAUACACACUUAAACCCUCAGAUAAUUUUAAAUUGGAAGUCCAGAGCCAACCGGAUGGAGGCGAAUUCAUCGAAAUGGUUUUACAGACCCCGUUAGAUCGAGAGAAAGAGGAUACUCACUCACUCGUGUUGAUUGCUUCGGAUGGCGGUGAGCCACACAGAUCAGGGACGGUGCGUAUUCAGAUAUAUGUUCUAGAUGCAAACGAUAAUGCGCCAGUGUGUAGCCAGCCUGUUUAUAAAGCAGAUAUCAGGGAAAAUUCUCCUGAAGGAUCGGUGGUAACCACUGUUAGUGCAAAUGACGCAGAUAAAGGAGUCAAUGGUAUAGUCACUUAUUCUUUCCCCCAUGUCGCUAAAGAGGCGAAGCAGCUGUUUGAAGUAAAUUCUAAAACAGGAGAGAUUACAGUUACAGGUAAACUAGAUUUUGAAAAAUCUAAGACCUAUCAAUUAAAUGUUCAGGCUAGUGACCACGGGGGAUUUACAGAUACGUGCAAAGUUUUUGUUCAAAUACUUGAUGAAAAUGACAAUGUCCCUACAAUACAGCUUAUGUCAUUUUCUAACUCUAUAUCGGAGGAUUCUUCCCCUGGUUCAACUAUAGCUGUUGUUAACGUAGAUGAUGAAGACUCUGAUGGUAACGGUGUUGUCAAGUGCUCCAUUAACUCUGACAUACCCUUUAAAAUUGAAUCUUCAUUAACAGGAUAUUAUACAAUAGUAACAGAAGACUUCUUAGACAGAGAAAGUAUUCCUGAGUAUAAUAUCACCAUAACCGUCUCUGACCAAGGCUCUCCGCCUCUGUCUAACAGUAAAAACAUUAAUGUUAAAGUGUCUGACGUGAAUGACAGCCCACCCAAAUUCAAGCAGUCAGAAUAUAGUAAGACUGUACCAGAGAACAACUCUCCCGGAUUAUCUAUGUUUACUAUCAGUGCUAGUGAUGCAGACUGGGGCCAAAACGCUCGAGUGUCUUACUUCCUGGAGGAGAAAGAGAUUAAUGGAGUAUCUGUGUCGUCAUUAGUGUCCAUAAACUCAGAAAACGGUGUCGUUCAUGCAGUGAGGUCGUUUGAUUAUGAACAAAUCAAAUGGUUUGAAUUCAAUGUGACUGCACGUGAUGCCGGAUCUCCUCCUCUGAGUUCGGUUGCUACAGUAAAAAUAAUGAUCCAGGACCAGAACGACAACCCCCCUCAAGUUCUGUACCCAGUCCAAACUGGUGGCUCUGUGGUGGCUGAAAUGGUCCCUCGUUCAGCAGAUGUGGGCUAUCUGGUGACUAAAGUGGUGGCUGUGGAUGUGGACUCUGGACAGAAUGCCUGGCUCUCCUAUAAACUGCAGAAAGCCACAGACAGGGCGCUUUUUGACGUGGGCUUACAGAAUGGAGAAAUAAGAACAAUCCGCCAGGUGACUGAUAAAGAUCCUGUGAAACAAAGACUGACUGUUAUAGUGGAGGACAACGGGCAGCCCUCUCGUUCAGCUACAGUCAUUGUUAACGUGGUGGUGGCGGACAGCUUCCCUGAAGUGCUGUCAGAGUUCACAGACUUUACUCACGACAAGGAGUACAAUGACAACCUGACUUUUUACUUAGUGUUGGCUCUGGCUGUAGUUUCCUUCCUCUUCAUCACGUGUGUAGUGGUUAUUAUAUCAGUGAAAAUCUACAGAUGGAGACAGUCUCGCAUCCUGUAUCACUCCAAUCUCCCUGUGAUUCCAUAUUAUCCACCACGUUACUCAGACACUUUGGGGACAGGGACUCUCCAACACGUGUACAAUUACGAGGUGUGCAGGACGACUGACUCCAGAAAGAGUGACUGUAAGUUCGGCAGAGCUGGUAGUCAGAAUGUGCUGAUAAUGGACCCCAGUUCUACAGGGACGAUGCAGCGGAUACAGAGUGAAAAGAGCAUCCUGGAUGAACUUGACUCUCCUUUAGAGGUGCGUGUCUUUAUUCGUGAUUCUCCACAAACUUCCUAUGAAUAA